ACUGUCAUGGGCGAGACGGCGCAGCCCCCACGGCCCGGAAUCGGCGUAGGUGUGGUGGUCACCAGCUCCGCGCACCCCAACUGCGUUCUCCUGGGCAAGAGGAAAGGCCCAGUGGGGGGCGGCACCUACCAGCUCCCCGGAGGCCACCUGGAGUUCGGGGAGAGCCUGGCGGAGUGCGCCGAGCGGGAGACGCUGGAGGAGGCGGCGCUGCGCCUGCACAACGUGCGCUUCGCGUCCACAGUCAACUCAACCUGCGCCGCCGCGCGCUACCACUACGUCACCGUCCUGAUGAAGGGGGAGGCGGAGCCGGGGGCGGAGCCGCGCAACCGCGAGCCCGAGAAGAACGAAGGUUGGGAAUGGGUGAAAUGGGAUGAGUUUCCUCCAGCAGAUCAACUGUUCUGGGCCUUACGCUGUUUAAGAGAGCAAGGUUACAAUCCCUUUACAGAAGAACUCGAUCACCUAAAGGGGUACACAGGAAGUCACCAACUAGGGUAAAAACCCAAUUAUAUGCUAUGUAGCAAAGGACAGACCUGCUUUUUGGUGUAAAAGAGAGAAGAAUAUGUUGUGCUCACUCUGCCCAUAUGAAAACGUUACCCCUUCCAAAGCAGAAAGAAAAAGUUUCAGUGCCAUUUUUCACAUGACAGUUGUCUUUCAUUAUAGAACUAUUUCUAGCUCAGGCAGUUAACAGUUAAUGCUUUAUUUUAUAGAAAAAUCUUAGUGUUUUAUCUGGUUAGUCUUUAUGUAGAAUAACAGACCUUUGAAAGUCAGAACUAGUCUGAGAGAAGAGGCUUACACACAAACAGCUGCACCAUCAGACGUAGGAGAAACCAGUUUGUUUAAACCACUGUCCUGAUUUUUACGUAAAAAACUACUUUGUAUAUCAUCCUGCUUUCCUGUAAUUAUAAAUCUUGGACCGGUUUUUAAACUUAGCAGCCUUGUCUCAUAGCCUCAGUUAAGAUACCAUCAUGAACAAAAGACGCCUAUCACAGAUGAUGCCUCGUUCCCUUGCAGAUAGUCAUACAUAGUUCAAAACCUGUGUGUGGCUUGUACAGAAUUAAAAUUCCCUCACCCUUAUUACCACCUCCUUUCAGUACAGACUUCUGUUUGCAGCCUCAGUUACAUUAGAAUUUAUCUGCAGAAGCAUUUCACAUCUCUGCAGAUAAUCUGAUAAAUCCUGAUCAUUUUACUAAAGUCUUAAUAGUUUAAUGGAGAGGUACCUACAGUGUUCUACUAGGCUAACACAAACAUCAUACAAUCUAACCUCUUUUAUAGAGGCAGCUCUAUGGCAGGGUCAUACUUUUUGGCUAAAGAGAGUUGUCAGAAUUAAACAGGUAUAAUUCUGUGUCACUAAUGGGAUUUGACAGAAUUGUUAAAUUUUUGUUUUGAUGUGUAUGCCUGAAUUGUUAGUGAAUAAAAUCACAAUGCACAAAGAUAAAUACAAAA